CAAACGUCAAAGGCCGCGCCACGUGACAGGAUCCAAAAGGUGGAAUUUCUCGGGAUGAACUUCUUCGUCACAACCCGACCUGACAGCUCCGCAUAUCUCCCAAUCACGUACAACGACCCUCGUAGCUGCGAUUCGUUGCCAAUUGGCCUUGCCUAACCAAAAAAUCCUCACCGAAUACCUUCUCUCUUUACAAAAAUACGAUAAUGGCUUCUACUGGAAUAAACGUCAGUUGAACACUUUUGCGCAACCCCCCUCCGUGGGUUCUCAAUUCUUCUGGGGCUUCUUCUGUUCCCAGUUGUGCGCAUGUCUUCGAACCUUAGCUGAUUGUCAUAUUCAGAUCCUGAGGUGGUCAUCUCUAGGUGCCGGCGUCUUCUAUGGAGUUUACCACCAAGCCUCUCUGUCUACAGCUGCGAAAUUGGCCGCGAUCGAUAGAGAAUACAAGCACAAACAGAAGUUGAUCGACCAAGCAAAGGCGGAAUAUACCAAGAAGAACCUGCCUGCGGGUGCUAAGACGGGAGAAGGAGAUAGUACGUUUUUUUUUUCCCCCUGGAAAUACAACAGUUGGGCGGUUAUUUGGGCGGCUUGCACAAAUGCUAGUUAUAUGUAUUGCAACGUAUGCUGACUAUUUCGAAACAGUCAUAAGAGAUCCUGAGGACUCGCGGUUCGAUUUGGAGGCACUUCUGAACGCUGUUGCGGCAGAAACAAAGUAGGAGUUGUGAGAAGGAGCGUGUAUGAUUGUAAUGAUGGGAGGAAAUAGAAAAAAAUGACCAAGAGGAGCCACAAGUUGGGUUUCUGGUUGGCAUAUGGCAUGUUCACG